AUGGGGAAAUAUUUCUUCAGUGAGACUGACAUCGGCCGUACAUGGGAACAUGUUCUGUGUGCAUUCUGGCAGAGAUAUCCAAACCCCUACAGUUCUCACGUUUUGACUGAGGAUGUAGUGUUUCGUGCUGUGACCUCAGAUAACUGUCUCAUAUCCCGCCGCCUCUUCACAAAGACCAAUCGACUUCCACGGUGGGCUGAGUGUGUCUUCCCAAUCAACCUAUCACGGUCCGUCUAUAUCAUAGAAGACUCCAUUGUAGACCCUGGCAACGGAAGCUUUACAACUUUAACAUGGAACCUUAACCACACAAAACUCAUGACAGUUGUGGAGCGGUGUGUGUUCCUUGAAAAGCAGGACCAGCCCGUUUUGACCCGACUCACCCGAGAGGCCUGGAUCUCCUCAGCAGUGUUUGGUCUAUCCAGACCCAUACAGGAAUUUGGCUUGGCCAGGUUUAAGAGUAAUCAGGUGAAAGCAAUGAAAGGACUGGAAUAUUCUCUCUCUAACCUACAGAAAUCCUCUACUGUCUCGCAAAAUGGCAUCACAUCUCAGGAUUUACCAGAGAAAGCCAAGGACCUGUCAUCCACUCCAGACUCCCAGAAACCUCAGCAGUACGCCUGA